AUGAAGGCUUCCCUACAAUUCUGUCGCCCCGAGAUCGUGCAGUCGCGAGUUCGCUCGCCAGCCCCGGAGAUCGUCGAGCGAGUCGUCAGCCGAGGUCCAGGACGUGUAUCUGGGGCAGACAUCAGCGGCGAGCGAGUGCAGACAGCGAGUUUGCUCGCCAGCCCCGGAGAUCGUCGAGCGAGUCGUCAGCCGAGGUCCAGGACGUGUAGCUGGGGCAGACAUCAGCGGCGAGCGAGUGCAGACAGCGAGUUCGCUCGCCAGCCCCGGAGAUCGUCGAGCGAGUCGUCAGCCGAGGUCCAGGACGUGUAUCUGGGGCAGACAUCAGCGGCGAGCGAGUGCAGACAGCGAGUUUGCUCGCCAGCCCCGGAGAUCGUCGAGCGAGUCGUCAGCCGAGGUCCAGGACGUGUAGCUGGGGCAGACAUCAGCGGCGAGCGAGUGCAGACAGCGAGUUCGCUCGCCAGCCCCGGAGAUCGUCGAGCGAGUCGUCAGCCGAGGUCCAGGACGUGUAGCUGGGGCAGACAUCAGCGGCGAGCGAGUGCAGACAGCGAGUUCGCUCGCCAGCCCCGGAGAUCGUCGAGCGAGACGUCAGCCGAGGUCCAGGACGUGUAUCUGGGGCAGACAUCAGCGGCGAGCGAGUGCAGGCAGCGAGUUCGCUCGCCAGCCCCGGAGAUCGUCGAGCGAGACGUCAGCCGAGGUCCAGGACGUGUAUCUGGGGCAGACAUCAGCGGCGAGCGAGUGCAGACAGCGAGUUCGCUCGCCAGCCCCGGAGAUCGUCGAGCGAGACGUCAGCCGAGGUCCAGGACGUGUAGCUGGGGCAGACAUCAGCGGCGAGCGAGUGCAGACAGCGAGUUCGCUCGCCAGCCCCGGAGAUCGUCGAGCGAGACGUCAGCCGAGGUCCAGGACGUGUAGCUGGGGCAGACAUCAGCGGCGAGCGAGUGCAGACAGCGAGUUCGCUCGCCAGCCCCGGAGAUCGUCGAGCGAGACGUCAGCCGAGGUCCAGGACGUGUAUCUGGGGCAGACAUCAGCGGCGAGCGAGUGCAGGCAGCGAGUUUGCUCGCCAGCCCCGGAGAUCGUCGAGCGAGACGUCAGCCGAGGUCCAGGACGUGUAUCUGGGGCAGACAUCAGCGGCGAGCGAGUGCAGGCAGCGAGUUUGCUCGCCAGCCCCGGAGAUCGUCGAGCGAGACGUCAGCCGAGGUCCAGGACGUGUAUCUGGGGCAGACAUCAGCGGCGAGCGAGUGCAGGCAGCGAGUUCAGAAGGCGACCGAGGGCCCCGUUCGCUGCGAGCAACUGUGACGUCAGAAUACAAGGUAUCUAGCAAGUGGAUGUACUUUCACCGAUCUUCAUUAUUCCUUCAGAGUAGGAAUCUCAACAGCAAGAGUGUUAGUUAGAGAUGUUUGUCAAGCAGUGUGGAGGGACAUGAAAAGUGAGUGCAUACCAUCCCCUACAAAACAAAUGUGGGAAUCAGUAGCAGACGGUUUCGAACAAAUAGCAAACUUUCCUCAUUGUAUUGGGGCAGUCGAUGGAAAACACGUCCGCAUCGUGAGUCCAAUAGAAAGUGGAUCUAUGUAUUUUAACUAUAAAGACUAUAAUUCAAUUGUGUUGAUGGGCAUUGCAGAUAGUAAGUACCGAUUUAUUUUUGUGCAUGUUGGUAGUUAUGGUAAGGACUGUGACUCGUCAAUUUUCAAACAGACUCAGCUGUGGAAAUCAAUACAAAGCAGUUCAAAAAUGUUACCUGAUGAGAAGUGCCUACCAGGUACAGGAAGUCCGAAAGUGCCAUAUUUUUUUGUUGGAGAUGCAGCAUUUGCACUACACAAACACCUGUUAAGGCCAUAUGCUGGGAAACAUUUAACAGAGGAAAAGAGAAUCUUUAACUAUCGAUUAUGUCGAGCAAGAAGGUACAUAGAGUGUGCUUUUGGUAUUCUCAGCAACAAAUGGAGAAUAUUCCAUCGACCUUUAAAUGUUCAACCACAAUUAGCUAAUGAUAUUGUUAAAGCCUGCAUUGUUCUUCACAAUUAUGUUAGGGAUAGAGAUGGUUACAUAGUUGAGGAUGCAACCUCAAUUGUAGGGAUGGAAGAAAUACCAGGAGAGAACACGAUAAGAGGAGGCCUGAUAGCUAACAAUGUGAGAAACAUUCUCUGUAAAUAUUUUGUUUCAAGUGUAGGAAGGAUUUCCGAGCAGAUGUCCAAAGUGUAAAUUGUUUAAACAUUUUUCUUGUCACACUGUGUUUAAUUUGUGAAAUUUUUGAAUAAUGUAAUGUAAUAUUUUCAAUAAAAAAGGUAAAA